GAGGGCCUUAAAUCAUGAACUUUCUAAACUUUUCAAUGAGAUGUGGGAGGUGGAUGUUAACCGCUUUAUGCCUGGGAAAGACUACAUGAUCGACUUGCAGGGAAAAGCAGGUGCCGCACAGCAAGGUGACAGUGCGGUCAAGGACAAUGCAGCCAGACAUCUGUUUCACUACGUAAAUGAAGAACGCCUGAAGAGCAUAAAAACUUUUGCGACUUUCAUUUCCUUAUUGGACAACUAUGAGACAUCAACUGGUGUACCAGAAGUAGUGACACCAGAAGAAAUAGCUGAAAACAACCGUUUUCUUGAUGCUAUCUUAGCAACAAAAGUCAUGAAAGUAGCUCAUGAAUUCCUGAUUAAAAAAAAACUAGCAAAGCCAAACCUUGCUGAUUUCAAACAUCAGCUCUACAUCAUCUGGUUCCAGCUCUACGCCAGGGAAGAAGGAGACAGACCUGAUUCUUGUGGGUUUGAACAUGUUUUUGUUGGAGAAACAAGGCGUGGUAAAGAGAUCCUAGGUUUGCACAACUGGGUGCAAUUUUACCUUCAGGAAAAGCACAAUCACAUUGACUACAAGGGAUACGUCACUCGGAAGAACAAAACCAGGCCUGACAAAGAUGACCAAGUUUUGAGCAUCCAGUUCAGCUGGAAGGGCCCAGUCAAGCCGAUUGGAAGCACCUUUAUUGGGGUCAGCCCAGAGUUCGAAUUUGCCCUUUACACCAUCAUUUUCCUGCUGGCCGAAGAAAGAAUCACACGUGAAACAGUGAAGAUAGAGGAAUAUGAGCUACAGCUGGUUGUCUACCGCCAUGGGCGCCACAUUGGAACAGCAUAUCCAGUGCUCCUCAGCACCAGUAACGAAGAUGAGUAG